AUGCUGAGCCCUACCUUCAUUCUGUGGGAUGUGGGGUACCCACUAUAUACUUACGGAUCUAUCUUCAUUAUUGCAUUAAUUAUUUGGCAUGUGAAAAGGAGCCAUCAAGGAUUAAUGUUGGGACCUGACAAGAGCUGUUACAAGUGUUAUCAGAGAAUCAAACAAAGGCCUGGAGAUAGAACAUCAAGAGCUAAGAGGACCUCCAAGGAAGAAGCUGAGAAGCUGCGGAAGCUGCUCUCUGUUAUGAAAAGCCAGGGCUGGCUUCCUCAGGAAGAAAGUAUACGGAGGCUCCUGUGCUCAGAUCCCUCCUGCCCAAUCUGCAAUGCUAUGGCCCUGGAAAUCCAGCAGUUGCUAGGGAGUGAGAACAAAGAGACCUCUUGUACUUCACUGAGGCAGUCACAGAGCUUUUCUUGCCUGGAGGCAUUGUCUUCAUCCAAAGUGUUGUGUGACAAGAAUUCAGAGCUCUGUUCGCAACACUCCAGAGACACGUCACUGGCACCCGGCUUCUCACCAUCACAGUCAACAGAUCAGAAAUCUUCUCCUCAGUCAGCUGCCCCAUCAACUGCUGAUGUCAACUUCCAGUAUUACUGUCCUGAUCAUCAGCAAAGCCAGAAAUCUCAAGGGUCAAACGUGUCCCAGGAUGCAGGGUCUCUGUCAUCUUCAAGUAUGGAAGAGCCUGGGGUCCUUGCAAACCAGCCAAAGAAGAGGAAGAAAAACAGGAAACUUGUCUUGAAGAACAAAGCAAAACCCCCAGAAGCUGACGUGGAAAAUAAGAUGACAUUCUACUCACAUUGGGUUAACCCUGAAGUGAACUGUGAAAGACAAGAGGAACCUAUCAUGCUCUCGAAGUCUGAAACAGAGGCCAAACCCAAGACUGCGAAGAGUCAGACUCCUGUCAAAGACGGAGCAGAGGGACCCACUGUGGAGAAGACUACAAAGGGCCCGAAAGCCAGUUCCGUUUGUGCUAAGAACAUUUGACUUUCCUCAGCAUCUACAGUGCCUGCGCAGCUCCAGCAAUGCCCCUUCUGCCCGGCUAACCCUGCUCCGACGGCUGCUCCCAUAGCUGCUUCAAAAAUUGACUUGUGUCACCCAGCUAGGAAACCAAUGUCAGAUCUCCCCUCAACUCAGCAGAAGGCCCGGUUUACACAGAGAGGAGAAGCAUUUCAAGCAGAGAGUCUGUAGGUUCCCAAAGUUCUGCAUCCACCCUAACAAAGGCUAUCAACCAUCAUUUCCACUCCCACGGAAGAAAGCCUUGGCAUUCUCCAAAUAUACUCUAUACCUAUAAAGCAAAGGGCCACCUGUAUUUUCUUUUUCAUUGCUGUAUUUGAUAAAGUAGGAAACGCUCUC